AGGGGGCGAGUAUUUCAGCUGCAUGUGACAUCACGAUGACUCAAUAAGGUGGGAGAACUUCGGGGGUUGGGUGAUAGAAUGAACCAAUUAAGAAGAGGUCCUUUGUUUUGAGGUGGGACACUGCGUGAAACAAACCAAUCGAAUGUUUUCCUUUUUGAGUAGGCGUGGUUACUAAAUCCUUGGGAGCUAUGGCUCAGAAACUGGCCCAGUUCGGCGGCUCCUGGGACGACAAUUUCGCGUUUACACUGUGCCGGAUGAGAGCCAAAAUGGCGGUUUAACAGCGCUCGUUUCCACUUGGACUGAAAGUAAGGGGGUGGGGUUUAAGACAACAUCACAGCUGAUCUGGAGGUUGUUCCCCCCUCAACUUGUUUUUUUCUUUGCAGAGCACAGAAUCACACAGGGAUUUCUUUUUUUCUCGUGUUGUUUUUAAGCCUAUAUUUGGCGAAAUAAGACGCAACUCUGCUGCAUCUGUAGAAUCUUUCCCCGACAACGCAGUUCCACGAUGCAUCUCGUUUUCCGAAUCUUUCAUCGCAGUUUUUUACUGCUCUUUUUUGUCCUCCGUGGUGGUUUUAAAGCCCCUGGAUUGACCCAGUUUUAGUCUCUUAUUUUUGGCCUCCUGUGUUUCUUCGGUGGAGAUGUUUUCUGCAGGAGAGCAGCUCAGCUCUCAUGUGUUCACCUCCCUGAAGAAAAAGGAGUCCAGUCCCGGGCCAUCAUCACUGGUCUCCCCGACCCUGGAGCUGAGUCUGACGACCGUCUACACUGCCCUCUACCUCCUGAUCUUCCUCUUCGUCUACCUGCAGCUCUGGCUCAUUCUGCACUACGGACACAAGCGCUUCAGCUUCCAGAGUGUGUUUUUGUUCCUGUGUCUGCUGUGGGCAGCUCUCAGGACGACCCUCUUCUCCUUCUACUUCACCAAUGUGGCCCAGGCCAACCAGCUGCAGCCUCUGGCCUACUGGCUCCUCUACUGCUGCCCAGUGUGUCUGCAGUUCUUCACCCUGUGUCUGCUCAACCUCUACUUCACACAGGUGAUGUUUAAGGCCAAAGCGAAAUUCUCUCCAGAAUUCACCAAAUACAAGAUUCCUCUGCGUCUCUUCUUCCUGUGUCUCAGUGUCUUCUUCCUGGUGGUGAACCUAACAUGUGCCCUGUUGGUGGAGGAGGCUGUGGAUCAGCCACAAUCACCCAGCGAUGGUACAGUACGACACACCGUCCUGGCUCGUGUGCUGAUCAACGACAGUCUCUUCGUCCUCUGCGCCGUCUCUCUGUCUGUCUGCAUCUUCAAGAUCGCCAAAAUGUCAUCAGCCAAUGUUUAUCUGGAGUCUAAGGGUACGUCCGUGUGCCAGGCAACUGUGAUAGGAGCCGUGGUGAUUCUGCUGUACACGUCCAGGGCCUGUUAUAACCUGGUGGUGGUGUCUUUGUCCCCCGUGGACAGAUCCAGUCCCUUCAACUGUGGCUGGUUCAGUGUCUCUGAUCAGGCUGACGUACAGCAGAUCAGCGGUGUAGCCUACAUCGUGUUCGGGAUCAUCCUGUUCUUCUGGGAGCUGCUGCCCACCAGCCUGAUGGUGAUGUUCUUCAGAGUCCAGCGGCCCAACCAAAACCUGGUUCCUGGAGGGAUGAUCAACAGUCACAGCUUCAGCUCCAGAUCCUUCUUUUUUGACAACCCGCGACGCUACGACAGUGAAGAUGAUCUGUCCAGAAGCAUCAACAGAAAUGACAGGGCAAGCCUCCUCUCCUCCGCCCCCCAGCUGGGAGCCUCCACCUGGUACGGCUCCAUCCAGUGUAACGGGACAGUGACAGCUGCCGUAGCAUCCGCUCAAGAACCGCCUUCCUCCACUGCCCCGCUCCUCUUCGCCUACGGGAACAUCCAGCGUCACCACCACCAUCACCACCACAACUACUAUUCCACCCCUCAGAACAACAACAACCCCCAGCACCAUCACCACAGUAACUACUACUCCGGCUCACAGAACUAUUUCUGUGGCUCGCAGACCAACGGCUCCACCCCACAGAAUUAGGAGACAUUGAUAAAUAGACCAGACUGAUGGUGUGUAUCAUCAGACUUCACCAGAGCAGGUGGUGUCCAAGGAUGGUCUAAACCACUUCUGGGGCCCACGCUGGGUAUACGCCGUGUGCACAAAGUUACUACCCCUAUAAGGCAGGUGCCCAAUUGGAUCUCACAUGUUUUACAGAGCGUACACCUCAAAAUGAUUUUGCUCUUCGUCAAGUUUCAUUAGUAUGACCAACAUUAAGAUACAGAGGUGCAGGUCAACUAAAGACUGUAGUGGAAGGAGAUAAUCUGUUCCUAAUGAGAUUAUUAGCCUAUCUACACACUGUACAGAAGUAGCAUUCUGACAGAGAGAGAGAGAGAGGGAGAGAGAGAGAGAGAGCAAGCCAGGAUACAUACUGUAACAGCUGCAUUUGAAAACUAACCAACUCACACAAUCCUAUUUGAAUUUGGAUUCCUUUAUUUGCCACUAGAGGGAGCCCAAGUACCACCAGUCCAGUGGUAUGGACACCAUUCUUUAGAACAGUGGGUUUAAAUGGAACAACAACAAAAAAUCAAGCUUUGACAGGAAUUAGCUCCCGCUAAUUCGCCUUUGGUUGAGGACAAGCUUCAGCUACUAGCAAACAUAUAGGGUUGGUUUAUAACCAAACUACAAAAAAUACAAACAAAAAAAGCUCUCUGCACGCUUAUAUUCGUUUCAUUUAAGCAAAUGAUUACAUGUUAAACUGUGAUUAAUCUUCAGUGCCAAACAAAGGCUGCUAACAAUCCUGUAAAGUUAUUCCAAGCUACUUGUACAAGCUGCUUUGCUUUUGCUUUGAAAAAGUGCGAAUUUCAGAGAUUAUUACGAUUUAAAAAGUAAAUUUUUUUUUGUCUUAGUCACACUGCUGCCAUGUGAACUGCAGUGUGGAGCACAAACCUGGUCCAACGGUUUAAAGCUGUGAACGGCUGCAACAGGGUCGGAGGAAUCCUGUGAGAACAAAGAGUUAAAGUAACGCCCAGGUGUAGAGAAAAACUGCAGUAAGUCAAACUGGAGAGUAGCAUCACAACUGUGUGGAAGGUGUGUUUUCUACAUACAAGAUAUUUGACCAAAAAGCCAACUUUUUGUGGGCUGUGACCCUCUUUUGCACUUAAAAGUUGACUAUUGGAUAGAAGAGGUGAAAGAGUUUGAAUGUACAACUUUGUCUCCUUUUAAUUUUUAAUGUCGUUUUUUUUUUAAUCACGAUCAUCAUCAAAUUCUGCCAAAGAACUGAUCCAAUGAGCAGGUUCAUCAUUCCACCAAGGAGGUGUCCUUGAGGAACCACUGCGGCUGCAGUUCGUGGAACGUUUCCAGUUAUUUGCCAAUGCUGUUCCAUUUAUACAUUCCCAGUAGAGUAGGAAGCUCUUUUGAGAGAGACAUCUAAGAAAGACUUUCGAGUUAGAGAAAGGCAGCAUCCAUGUGCCAAUACAUUUUUAACCCUAUCAAAGAUUUUUCAUUCCUUAAAGAAAAUAUUUUUGCACAAAAAAAUGAUCGGGGUGUUGUAUGUUUCUUCUUCUUUUUUUUUUAAACCUUGCUGUGUGCAUACUUAUACAUCUGCAUCUCUGUGUGUUAGGUUAGCUCAGGCAUGGGCAAACUACGGCCUAGGGGCCAGAUGUGGCCCAUUUGGCUAUGGAAUUCGGCCGCGAAACUUGUCUAAUUUAUGUUAUUGAUUUCUAUCACUAUAUUUCUGCCUUUUUCCUGCACUGAUGGUGUAGAAAAGGCUAAAAGCAUUUAAGCAUUUAUGCACGACUUUUACACGUCAUUUGUCUUAGUUCAUACGAACACUUCAUCUAUCUGCUCCUGACCCGGCCUCCAUGUCAAAUUUUAGGACCCAUUGUGGCCCACGGGUCAAAAAGUUUGCCCGCGCCUGGGUUAGCUGGUACGAGUGUAACCUUAAUAAUAAUAAUAAUAAUUGCUUAUAUUUUUAUAGCGCCUUAAGGUUCAUUUACAAAUAAUCAGGACAUUUUUGUGAAGGUUUGUUUGGUCGUCCAGAUCUUUUCUGAUGCAGGGACUUGGAAAUGUCUUGCUCAGAAUGAGGUUCCUUAUAACAAACGUUUAAGCACUUUUAAUCCACCAAUUUACAAGGAAGCCCAGGCAGGACAUCCAGAAAGAUCCGGAGAUGCCAAUCUGUGACCAGGACAAGAUCCUGUCCUUGUAAAUGCUUCCCUGCGUGGACUAACAGCUCCUGGUACUUUAGGAUGGAAAUGCAGCUAAAGUCGUAGCAGAAGUGUGCUUCUAUCAGCCUUUUACGUUGUGUUUGGACAUGGAUCUACUGUCUGCCUGAUUUUAUAGUUUAGUUUUUCACUCUCCUUGAUUCCUAACCUUAUGACUGUCAUGAUCCGUGAGCUUGAUCACUUUAAUGAAUUCUUAUUCUUAUUGGGCUGAAAUCAGCACUUAUGACCAAAACCCUUAUCAAGCAUGUGAACUUUAGAGGAGCAGUGUGUUACAUUGACCAUACAUUCAGGGCUUGUAGUCAUAACAAAAAAGAUUUAAAAAUCAACAAUAACAUCAUUAUUGUUGAUUUAUGCCCUAAAUCCCACUGCUCCUGUAAAUGUUAAAAUCUGGUUUUCUUUCUGUCGUACAUGUUCUUGUGUGUUUAUAAGUGUGUCAUUUGCUCUAUCUGCUUAUGUUUGAUAUCAUACUUUCAACCAUGGCCAAAGUGAAUGUAAAUGUUGAGACAGAUCACUAACAAUGUAUGGGUGAGAAGCACUACCAUGUUUGGAACCAAUUAAAGGCCCAAUGCACUGUUUUA